AUGCGGAAAGAGAAGCACUCGAGGUCUUCGGGCAAAGAGAGGGAGAAGAAGGAAAAAGCCGCCUCGGUGUCCCGCGCCCUCAGUUGGCUGAGCGGAUCCUCCCUCUCGCGCCAGACUCGCAAACUGUUUCGCAGCCACAACGACCUGAGCACGCUCUCGCGCACGGCUGGUCAAAAGCAAGAGGACGAAGAUGAUUGGGUGUAUCAACCCCAGCACUAUAUAGCUGUGUCUAAUCUGGAUGAGGAGAGUAAAUGGACAGUUCACUACAAAGCGCCGUGGCACCAGCAGGAGAAUGUCUUCCUGCCCACAUCCAGACCAGCUUGUGUGGAGGAGCUGCACCGAGAGGCUAAAGUCAACCUUAAAACAGCGCUCAGAGAAUGUGAUAAGCUGAGGAAAGAUGGCUUUCGGAGUUCCCAGUACUACUCACAGGGCCCCACCUUCUCAGGUUCCAAUCGCUCCCACAGCAGCCAACAAGAAGAUGAAGAGGAUGAUGAAGAUGAUAAGUCGGUGGCUUCCUCUGCAGAAGAGGAAAAGAGCUCCAAUUCAAUGAGGGUACAAACUCCAGUACAGGGACAGGCGGCAGAGGUUGAUGGGCAGAAAUCACAAUUGAAGUCUAUGCCCCUGCCCACUCCGGAAGAGAAGAUGAGGCAACAAGCUAAGGCUGUCCCGACUGACAUUGUCCCUAUCAACAUCACAGGGGACACUUUUGACCGGCAGGCCAGCGUCCGUCGCUCUCUUAUAAACACGGACACUCUGUUCCAUCGACCCAAGAAGGUCAAACGGAGAAAGACUAUAUCAGGUGUGCCUGACAACAUCCAGCAGGAACUAGCAGGUAAGGGACGAGAGCUCCGACCACAAUCCAUGUUCAUUCCUGGACACUAUUCCACACUGGGACGUUCUGGCAGCAUGAAUUCAACUCUGAGACACUCCGAUACCAGGGAUUCUGGCUGCCAGACAGAGGAGGUAAAAAUUGUUCCUCCAUCUGUGCGGAGGAUCCGUGCUCAAAAGGGCCAAGGAAUUGCAGCUCAGAUGUCUGGCAUCUCAACAUCUGCCACCAACGUAUCGGCAGUUUCAGACGGCGACUCCUCUGGGUCUCCCAUGCGUGUCAUGGCUCCUCGUUUUAACAGUAACAUCCAGCGUUUCCACAGCUUGCCACGGGGCGCGCGAGUCUCUCUGAGUUCCGAGCCAAAGUAUAGCAGCACUCCGAGCAGGCCAGAAGACAACACAGAGGCAGCACCUCGCCAGAUUGGAAAGUUCCAGGUUGAUGAUACUGCAGUUCACAUGAGAAAUGCGCCUAGGAUAAGCACUUCCAACCGCCCCAAAUCUCAGGAGGUAAGGGGUUCACAGGCAGAGUGGAGAACUGUCACUCCCCCUGCUUGUGUGGUUUCUCCUCAUGCAGGAUACUCAACGUCACUCAUCCCCAAUGCAGCUCUGUCAUGUUCGACUGAAAUCAUUGCCCUUCACACUGCGUCUGUCCCAGGGCAGCAAUCGCUGCCACGACCUCUCAGGAUGGCCUCAGCAGUCAUUGGAGAGAGCUCUAGCAGUAUGGCCACAAGUGCUGAAACGGAAUAUGCAGACAUGAGAGAUACUUGCCAGUCAGAUAGCAGCUUGCACAGCCAUAGCACAAUCGCAGCAGGAACACUGUCUUCAGAUGAACAUUGGAUUUAUGACACCCCCGAGAAUGUGCUGCCCAGAAGAACCCUUACCUCCAGCUGCUCCACUCCAAUAAAUCAACUCUACAACAGCCUAGAACGCUCCUCGAAGGGAACAGAUUCCAGCUCACUGUAUUCCAUGGACAAUGAUGGCUACUACACAUCUAUGCAUUUGGACUCCGGUCUUAGGCCAAGAAGCCAUAGCGUUGCAGGCAGGGCAGUGAGUAUGUAUGAGUGCAUAGGUCAGCCAGGGGAUCGUAGCAGUAUUUACAGCAACCAAUCACUGUCCCGAUCAAUCUCUCUUCGAAAGUCCAAAAAGCCGCCACUCCCACCAGCCCGCACAGACUCACUGCAACGAAAACCUAAAAACAACAGAGAAGCUAAUUGUACAACGAAUGCUACUAAGCAAUCAAUUCUUAAUGAGUCACUGAUCGCUACAUUACAGCAGUCGCUGCAGAAUGGUUCUAAAGGGAAAGGAUCUUUAACCUCAUCCUCUCAAAGCCCUUGCAGUGACUAUGAAGACCCCUGGAUGUUACGUUCCAGGAGCCAGAGUAGUGUAAGUGCAGGAAGUAGCGGGGUAUCUGCUCCAGGAGUUGCUAAUGUCUAUUCUAUCUGUCAUGUUACACCAUCACAGAGUGAAACCAGCAGCCUGCGCUCUGACUAUGAGUCUUGGGGCUAUUACUUGGACUUUCCUCGUCUGCAAGGUGAUCAGACACAAUCACCAACUCGAAUGAACUCAGUAUCUAGUAAAGGACACUCGGGUAGAGUGACAAAUGGACAUGGAAUCCACAGUGGACUGCAGCCAGCCCUUCCUCCUGCCCAGAAUGAUAUAUCUGCAAAGCCUCAGGCAAACACAUCCUCACCAGACAGAGUGCAUCGUUUAACCUCCCCCUCAAGUGGAUAUUCAAGUCAAUCAAACACUCCAACAGCUGGUACGCCUGUUCCUUCAUUUAUGAGAUCCAUGUCACCCUCUGGAAGCAAGCCCAAGCCCCGUGUACCUGAAAGGAAGUCCUCAUUGCUCUCCUCUGUGUCCAUCUCCUCUUCCUCAACAUCAUUGUCUUCUAACACCUCAGACUCGCUAAGGAACAUUCCCCCUCCACCUCCACCACUACCUCUUUCAUUCCUAGGAUCCUCCAUACCUGAAUCUUUCCCUCCACCUCUUCCUCCCUCCAACCCUGCAUGUCCUACAAAUGAAAACCUCCCACCCCCACCUGCUCCUGAUUUGCCCCCCACCACUCCAAAGCAGGAAGCAUCCAUGAACCCAUUAUCUGUAAAUUCCUCUCCAGAGUUUCCACCACCACCUCCUCCAGAGAUGUUGAAUGACUUUGGGGUACAGAUGAAUGGUUCUUUCAUCGCACCUCUAUAUCCACCCCCUCCACCACCACCACCUGCCCUGUUUCAUCAUACUGCACCAACUGUACCUUCUUCUGCAAGCUUAAAGGGAAUAAAAGAUCAUUUAAAACCAGUAAACUCAGUAAAAAGACAGAGUUCCAUUAACUCUGAAGAGUCUGGCAAGUCUGCAGUACCACUGAUCACACCCUUUGCACUCCAGAGUGUGCAGCUUCGGUCAGUGAAACGACCAGAGAAUGUUGGGUUGGAUAAGUUGAAAUCUCAGCAACCUGAGGCUGACCAGGUUUCCAUUAAAGCAUGGAAUAAUGAGCAUUCACCUGUUUCAGUCCUGGCCUCUUGCUCUGUUUCUGAUAUGAAAGGGGCACUAAGUCCUUUGAUACCAGAGAACAAAUUCACCAAAGAUGAUAGUCUGACUGAAAUAUCACUUAAUAACGAAAACUCAAAAAAAGAAAUGUCAUCUAAACAAAUUCAUAUGCGUUUAAAUGUCUCCAGCAACCAUAUUAAGGAUGAGGUAGAUGGGCAGGAUAAGGAGGACAGAACGCUAGCAGAGUCGCCACAAAAAUCCAGUCCUAAGAAAAUACCUCCCACAGUCUCUAAAAAGCCCAGAUUUCCACUUGUCUCUGCAGCAGCAGUUGAGUCUCCCACAGAUGAGAAUCAGACACUAGCCAAGAUGCUGGAUUCGGAGACUCCAAGCCUUCAAAAACAAGAGUCGGAGAAAAAAAAAUACAAAAGCAGCAGUGAAUGUUCUCCAUCUCCUGAUAUCAAUGCAUCUGAAUGUAGCAUUCCUCCAUUUGAUGGUCUGGUUAAGGACAGCUUCCAGAAUGCUGUCAUUCAGGAACCAGAUUUUGAGGUGACAAGCACUUCAGAAGGAGAAGAGGAAGACGAUCGAGAUGAUGAAAAUGGUGAAGUGUUUGAGUCCAGUGCAGCAGACUCUCCGCAGACCCCCAGCACUAACGGCGAAGUCUUCCAGGACAUGGUGACUCCCACACGGCCACGCACCACAGAGGACCUGUUUGCCGCCAUUCACAGGUCCAAGCGGAAGGUUUUGGGUAGAAAAGAGUCAGAAGAUGAGUGUUUGAAAAGUUCCUCAUCUCCUCCUGUCACCCCUACUGGACCAAGUCCAGUGUUGACCUCAUCUCUGCCUCGUCAGCCCAGCUCUAUCCAGCGCAGCCUACGCAAAUCAGCCACCAGCAGCGACACCUUCAAGGCACUACUGCUAAAGAAAGGCAGCCGCUCAGAGGGCAGCUUCCGCAUGUCCGCUACCGAGAUGCUACGCACCACUGACCCACGAUUCCAAAAGACCCGAUCUUUAGACUCCUCUUUCGAUUCUCAAUCACCUGGCGAGAGCCCUUGCAGCUCCCCGAGUCGAAACAACAGGACACCAGAUGACUGGCCUCGGAGUGAGUCCAUGCUGUCACGCUACUCUCUGGGUUCCCCCUUGUCACCUUCUGUGCUGGGGCCAAAAUACAGCCGCUCUCGCACUCCCCCAUCGGCUGCCAGCAGCAGAUACAACGCCCGGAGUCGAAUCCUGAGCAGCCCUAUGACUGUCAUUUGUGAGAGGGAGGGAGAGUUAACAGAGAGUGCUGAGGGACUGGAUGAGCCAAGUUCUGUAUCCCCAUUGGUCAUGUCUACAGCGCCCACUCAGGACUCUAGUGCCACUUUAUGUGAAGAGAGUGGCUGAGAUCAAGAGAACUUUUCCUGACAAAGGGAAGAAAUACAUUUCAUCACAGUAGCAGAGACUGGCUGAUGGUGAAGAGUCAGUAGAGGGAUGAGAGCUGGCAAUCUGUCCCUGGCUUCAGGCCCCAGGUGGUGUUACACAAAUCUGCUUGUGUAAGAGAAGAUAUUAUGGACCACAAGGUGCCUCCUUCAGACUGAUUCCUCUUAAGUCUGAAGGGAAUGUUAUUUCAGUUGCAGCUCAUUUCACCACUUUUCUUUUCUGUUUAUAAGAAAAGGUUUUGUUUUGUAUAGCAAUAUCAGUCAUCUCGCCAAACCAUCCGUUUUGUUCUGUUUGUUCUUCUACUGUCCACCUGUUCGAUGUUGUAUUUGGGAAUGUGGUAAAAUAUGGACUGAUCAAAAAGCAGUGAGCACAGACUAGAUGUGAAGGAACUGCUGAGUCGGUGGCUUGAUCAGUAAAAGUUGGGGUUUGCUUUGGAGUCUGGAGGCUAUUUCAUCUACAACUACUCUGAAACAGCCAAACCGGCUGCUUUACAUUUAAAGUGUGAUUUAUCCAGAGUUUUAGAUUUAAAAACACUGAUGAGUUUUACUGUUUACUUCUCUCACUCUUUCUGUUAAGUGUUAAUACUGGCCUGCUGACUGGUUUUGAGAAAAUGGUAAAAUAUCCACACUGGUUAAGUGGAACAUGUUUAGAACUGCUGAAGUGGUCAGAGACGCUGGCUGAAUUGCUUUGAAAGAGCUUUCAUGUUUGAUUUUUAGUGUGUAGGUUUGCACUGUGUUUAUGUCUCUGUUUUUGUCUGUUGGCCAUUUAAAAUCAUAAAGCCUUGGUUGUAACUCACUGGCAAACAGUGACGUUUUACAGUAAAAGAAAAAAUAAUUACUUGAAUUUUAUAACAGAUUUUUUUGGUUCAUAAUUCUGGGUUACCAAAGAGAAAAGUGUAAAUGUAGCCUGCUGUCGGGACCUGAUGAGGGAACAUUUACCAGAUUGGAAGUGAUCUUUUUUUUUUUGGUAAAUACUAGCUUUUACAUUAAUACUAACUCACAUCUUCUGUACCUUUCUAUAAAGAGAUAUUCAUGUGCAGUUUUCUAUUGUUUGUAUGUAAAUAUAAAAUAUUAAUAAUAAUAAGUAACACCUGAAUUUAUUUUCCAAGAAUUUGUACUACUUUGUUAGAGGGGGUGGCUUCUUUUUGUACAAUAUUUAUUUGACACUUGCCAGAAUGUGUGCUUUGAUACAGUUGGGAAAGACAGCACAAGGUUUAGAGCUCAGUUUGUAUUCAUUUGCCUGAAGGGGGUAAAUUACAUGACUGGGGUGACAAAGUAAGAUGAUCUGAAUGUUAAUAAAAUAGAAGAAAAAGCUUCUAACCCUCUUGUGUACAUCUCUGGAAUAAAAUUGGUGAUAUUUAAAUCUGG